AAGAGGAAGGACUGUGAAAGAUGGCUGAAACUUAUGUGCGACAUGUGGAGCUGUUGGGAUUUGAGAAAAGAUACUUUCUCAGUCAGCAUUAUGUAUACAUGAUCUUGGUCAAAUGGAGUGAUCAAUCAGAAAAGCUGGUUUACAGACGGUAUCCAGAAAUUCACACGUUUCAUAAAGCAUUGAAGGAAAUGUUUCCUAUUGAAGCAGGAGAGAUUGAUGCAAAAGACAGAAUUAUUCCUCCAUUACCAGCUCCAAAAUGGCUGGACAAUCAAAAAUCAACGGAGACGAGGCAGGUGACUCUUGCCGAAUAUUUUCGCUCUCUGCUCGACCUUACUCCAAAGAUCUCCCGCUGCCAGCUGGUACGCGACUUCUUCAAAAUGCGGCCUGAGGAUGAAUCUCCACCGGCCCCUCACCCAUACAAAAGAAACGAGACCUUUAUCAUGUCCACCAGUAGAUCAAGGAGCAACACCUCAUCAGAAAUCACCGGGCCUAUCAUGCUCGAGAGCUACAGAGUGAUUGCGGACUACAGCAAGAGUUCAAAGUAUGAGCUCACACUGAAGGCAGGAGACAUGGUGGACAUUGUGGAGAAGAGUCCAAACGGCUGGUGGUUUUGUCAGUGUGAGACUAAGAGAGGCUGGGUGCCAGCUUCAUACUUGGAACCACUGGAUGGAGCAGAUGAAUCAGAAGAACCAGAGCCUAAUUAUGCAGGAGAACUCUACAAAACCACCAGAGCCUAUAAAGCUGUUGAAGAGGAUGAGCUGACUCUGGAGUUAGGAGAGACUAUUGAAGUUAUCCAUAAACUUCUAGACGGGUGGUGGGUUGUCAGGAAAGGUGAAGAUACAGGCUACUACCCAUCCAUGUUCCUCUGUAGUACGGGUGAAAGAAAAGAGGUGGAUGCUGAGAAAGAUGUGGUCAAAAGAUCCACACCACCACCCAGGAGAUCUACCAUACGCAACGUCCAGAGCAUCCAUCCAAAGGGACGUCAAAGAAUCACUCAGGACACCUAUCGCAGACAGAGCCGACGGUUCUUACAGCAGCGAGGAAGACUAAACUCUCAAUCCAAGAUUAAGACACGAUCACCAUUACAAGAGAGGAGGACGAACAAAGAGAACAUUGCAAAAUCAGACUUAACCAAAGAAGAAGAUCUGGAUAAGAGCGUGCCGGUCAUUCCUCCACGGCCAAGCCCUGAGCUGAUCCUGGAGCGCUGUACUGAAAACACAUGCAAGAGAAUCAGCGUACAUGAAGCCAGCUGAUCUGCAUGCUAGAAACUUUGCUUGAAUCUCUGAAAUAUUGAUCUGGUUUUCUCAGGCAUUCAGACACUUGUGUAUACAAAUGCUCUGUUCGAUCCUGCUUAGCCCAGAACCUGGUAUAAGCUAUGCUUCUUAGAUUUUAAGUUAUAUAUGUUAUACUUUAUACAACAUGUCAAUGUACUCAAGUAAAGCCUGUUUAGAUUUAGGUACUGUAAUAAUAACGAAAAUAAUGAAAAAAAUCUGUUUCAAAUCUAAUGUGUGGCAAUA